AUGCCUUCGACAUUGCUUGAAUCUCCCACCAUGGGCUCCCCCAAGGCUUCUCAGCUGCGCCUCGGCGAUGGCGUAUACGUCCCUACCCUUGCGUUCUUCACUCCCGAAGACGAGGUCGAUGCUUCAGCUACUGAGAAACACAUCAUCAAGCUUCUCGAGUCAGGAGUAGCUGGUAUUGUUGUUCACGGCUCCAACGGAGAAUGUGCCCACCUCUCUCCUUCAGAACGAACCACCAUCAUCCGCGUUGCCAGAGAUACCAUCUUCCACGAGGGAAGUGGUAGUCGUGUUCCUCUCAUCGCAGGCUGUGGUGCUCAGAGCACAAGGGAGACAACAGAACUGUGUGAAGACGCUGGCAAGGCUGGUGCCACACAUGCUCUUGUUCUACCUCCAAGCUACUACGGCGGACUUCUCCCCGAUGAUCUAGUCAUCCAGCACUACUACGCCGUUGCAGACAAGAGCCCAAUUCCUCUUCUGGUGUACAACUUCCCCGGCGCCGCAGCUGGCCGAGACCUCUCCUCCGACACGAUCCUCAGCAUCGCCAAGCAUCCCAACGUCGUAGGCGUCAAGCUCACAUGCGGGAACACCGGCAAGCUCGCCCGCAUCGCAGCUGACUGCCCCGAGGGAUUCUGGGUCGGAGGCGGCAGCGCAGACUUCAUCCUGCAAGGCCACGCCGUCGGAGCCAACGGCACCAUCUCAGGCCUCGCCAACCUCUGCCCCAGGGCAUGCGUCCGCAUCACAGAGCUCGCAGAGGAAGGAAACUGGAAAGAAGCCCGUCAGCUGCAAGCCACAGUGGCCAAGGCUGACUGGACGGCGAUCAAGACUGGAUUCGUUGGUGUAAAGGCAGCGCUGGGACACUUUUCCGGGUACGGGGGCGAACCUCGACGACCUUGCGUGGCGCCAUCUCAGAAGGAUCUUGAUACUAUUGCACAAGGGUUCCAAGAAGUAAUGGAUCUUGAAGUUACCCUCUGA